AUCAGGGAAAUGAUGGGUUCUAACUAAGGGGACUGAAUGCAAGAAGGUUCCAGCAGCCAACCAACAUGCCCUUCUUCUUCUACAUUAAUCACACCCUGUACCCCCAGUCAGAUGAUUGGGUUUGUUUGAGACUUGGCAUUUGCUCAGCAAGUAGCUUACAGAUGGAUUGUCUAACAGUGAUUGCUCAGUUCAGAUAUUAAUGAAACUCUGUGGAACACUAAUCACUGGAACGUGCCCAAUCCCCAAGUUGGGGGAUGUACCUCUAUCUCUAAGUCUGUAGGUUUGAGCCCCUUAGUACUUGUUCUUCUCUCCUUAUUGGAGCAUCUGACUGCUCUCUAACUACCCUGAUCCUGACUCUUACACCUAGAGCUUAAACAGAUCUACCCCCACACUUGCUUCUCCUAUCCUCUAGCAAGUGGGAUCCAAAGAGCAGAACAUGUGGUUACUUCUAUUUUAAAGACUAUGGAAUCCUGACACCCCUGGUCAACUCAGUAAAUUACUUUAACCUGGAAUGGGAAACAUCUAUCACUUCCAGUUGUAUAUCAGGACCAACCCUAGCUGGCUAAAUCCUAUGGAGACUGCCUGAGUAAUGGUGAGCAACAUCUUUAUCCUACACAAGUAAUAACUCUACAUUCAUUUGAUAUUGGAGUUUCAUGAGUGGGGAUAAAAGAAUGGAAACUGGAAAGUUAUGUCCAAACAAAACAAAAACCUACCCCACCCAGUGCGAGAGGGGGAGAUAAAACAAGUCCAACUGGUUAAAGAGAGAGAGGAACUUUUAGUUUUGUAUCUUGUUCCUGAUUUCAGCAAUGGCGGCUGCUGACCUGAGAGACGAGCUGAGCUGCUCCCUCUGCCUGAGCAUUUAUACUGAUCCGGUAAUGCUGCCCUGUGGUCAUAACUUCUGCCGGGGCUGCAUUGGGGGGGUGCUGGGUACCCAGGAGGGGUCUGGGGCUUAUUCCUGCCCUGAAUGCAGAGCUGAGUAUCAGGAGCGCCCUGCCCUGCCCGGGAACAGAGCUCUGGGGAACAUAGCAGAGUGGUUCCGUCCUACUGAGACAGAGCCGGGGGAGACUGGGAUUCCCUGCUCCUACUGUGACUCCCCUGUACCUGCUGCUAAAUCCUGUCUCCUGUGUGAGGCUUCAUUUUGUAAUAAGCACCUGAGGGGGCACUGCCAGUCAGCAGAACAUGUACUCACUGAGCCCACCGCUUCCUUUAUGGGGAGAAAAUGUUCUGUACAUCACAAGGUUCUGGAGUAUCACUGCUGUGAGGACUCUGCCUGUAUCUGUGUGUCCUGCUGCCUGGCCGGGGGGCACCGGGGCCACAGGGUGGAGAUGCUGAGUGAGGCCUCUGAGAAGAAGAAAGAGAAACUGAGGAAAGUUCUGGAGAAACUGAGCCCAGAGAGAGAGGAGACUGAGAGAGGAGCCCAGAGGCUGCAGGAGCGCAGGAGAGAAGUGGCAGAAGCGGCAGCCGAUGAGACAGAGAGAGUCACUGCCCUGUUUAGGGGCAUCAGGGAAGAGCUGGAAGCCCUAGAGAAGCGACUCCUGAGUGACAUCUCCAGGCAGAAAGAGGAGCUCUCACUCACACUCACUGAGCUGAUCCAACAGCUGGAAAUAAAGAAGGAUGAGCUGUCCAGGAAGAUCCGUCACAUUGAGGAGCUGUGCAACAUGGCAGAUCCACUCACUGUCCUACAGGAACAAUGGGAAUCCCAUGGGGCUGGCUUUUGUGGGGCUGAGGGGGGAGACAGAAAGCGCAGAAAAAGAAAUCACAUAAAUGAACCAGCUGUAGGGAAUCUGGAUGUGGGUCGGAUCUCAGAGACAUUACUCACAGGCUUAGCUGGGAUUGUGAUUGGGGUAGAGGGAAGGCUGAUCUAUGGGCAGGAGGCUACAGAGCUGGUACUGGAUAUAAACAUGGCUGGGAAUCGUGUAUCUGUAUCAGGGGACGGGAAAUCUGCUUCCUACUCACGUACAGACCAGCGUCGCCCACAAACCCCAGAGAGAUUUCAGGAUUAUCCUCAGGCUUUAAGCACCAGGAGUUUCCCCUCAGGGCGACAUUACUGGGAAGUGGAGGGCAGUGAAUCAGGGUACUGGAGGGUAGGGGCGGCCUAUCCCAGUCUAGAAAGGGAAGGGGAUCAGUCCUGCAUUGGAGAGAAUAACAAGUCCUGGUGUUUGGACAGAUGGGAUAAUAAUAACUAUAAAGUGGUACAUGACAGGAAAGACACACAGUUUCCCCUCGCCCCUUCCUGCAGGAGAAUCAGGAUCUUACUGGAUUAUGAGGCCGGACGCCUGUCCUUUUAUGAGCUGAGUGAGCCAAUCAGGCACUUACACACCUUCACUGCCUCCUUCACUGAGCCCCUUCAUGCAGCAUUCUGGGUAUGGGGGGACAGCGCCUGGGUGAGAAUCAUUAGUUAGGGCACUACCCAGGGAAUUUAUCAAAAAAUCUGCCUUCACCCACUAAUUUCCUCAUUCCAUCCAUCAUUGCCCUCCCCUGUAUCCCUCUGUACCACCCCUUUCCUUCUCAGGGUGAUAUCCCCCCUCUUUCCAGUGGCAGGUUUCUUAUGUGGGCGCCCAAGGCUGCCCCAUUCAUGCCCCCCCGGCACACAUCCAUGAUGCUGUGAAAUAAAAAAGAAACCAUCUUGUUUGUUUACUCCAUCUUGUUCAUAUCAUGGGUGUGUUGGCCAACUGAGCCCCUUUGGCUGUUCUGCUUUUAGAGAUAACAGAGCUAACUACUGAUAAGAGUGUUUCACAGUUAUAAGACUAACAUGUUUUGUUACAAGAGCCGGAGUAUACAAGAAAUGCAGCACUAGUUGCUGUAGGGAUACUCUCUUUGUAAGAAUAAAUGUAGCUGCAAUCAAACUGGCCUAUCCAACAGCUUCAUCUUUAACAGCCGGUGCCUUAUAAACCCGGGAGUGGGGAGAUUGGAGGACAGCCAUACAGGAGGAGAUGAUUGGAUACUGAGACCUUAGGCACCAACAAAGGUGAGACCAAGAUUUGUCUCUGAGAAGCUCUCGCUAUCACUUUCAUUCCCUCGCUUGGCUGUAUCUACAAGAGUAACCCACUCUAAGAACCUUGGAUAGGCCAGCCGUAAGUUGUUUGUCUCUGUGUUAGUCUGUGCCCAACCCUUGUGAGUUAGUGUGUUAGUCUGUGCGUAACCCUGUGAGUUAGUGUUAGU